AUGCUUCCUGGGUCUUCAGCUAUGUCAUUUUCUCAAUUUUUAAAUAAUGAAGCCACCGAUAUUGAUAGUGGUGAUAAGAGAGCCAAUGAAUCUAGUGUCAAUGAAUCUAGCGAUGAUAGUAAUGAUAGUGAAAAUGAUGAAAAUCUCAAUCAAUUAACUGUAAAUGAAUUUCGUUGGUUUUAUAAUGAUAUAGAAAAUCUUAUUAAAGAAAAUGAUUCUAUAUUUAACAAAAGUAAGGAGAAUCGAGUAAAUGGUAAUAGUCAUCAGCGUGGUGGUAAAAUGUUUAAAGUUCAGGUUGCUUCAGUUGCUAGACGUAAAGGAACUGCAAAUAAAGAUCAAAAAAAGUUACAAGGAAAGCCAAGAACAAGUUUACAAGAAACCACUCAUGAUAUUAAGGAGUUAAAUCGUUAUGUUAUGCCUGCACGAUCACGAAGACAGCAAACAAAAUGA